UCUUUCUCUAUAUCUUUCUUUCUUUUUAUAAUCUGGAAAAGAUGCAAGAAAAUGAUUCAUUGAGAACAGUUGAAUGCUUAAGAGGCAGAUUACAAGCAGAAAGAGCUGCUUCUAGAGCUGCUGAACAUAAUGCCCAACUUAUGGCUAACAAGUUAAAGGAGCUGGAAGAACAGUUAAAGAUCGAGGCAAAAUGGAGAAGAAAAGCCGAAAAGAAGCUGAAUCGAUUGAAAAAGAAACUUGAAUCAUUGAACAUUCCAUUGAAUGUGAUCAUAACAGAGGGAAUCGAACAAUCAAUUUCAUCAAAUAAUUCAGAAACUUCUUGCAUAUCAUCAAUUGCUUCCGAAUUUCAAUUAGGUUCAAAAUCAAAUUCAAUUACGAGCGAAAUCGCAGAAGAAACUGAAUCGGAUUCCAAUAAAUGUGAGAUUAUUGCCGAUUUACAUCCUGUUUCCGAGUCUGAUUCUGCAUCUUGUGAACGACUGCAAACGGAUGAAAAGUGUCACGGAUUCCAACAAUCAUCAGCAUGGGACAAGAAGAGCAAAGAUACCGUAGAUGAAGAAGGGCAGCAAGAUAAUGAGCACAUUAAUAUUGAUGUUGAUGAUUCAAUGGCAUUGGUUCCAAUGACUUCCAUUGUAGAGUUGAAUGAUUCUUCAAAUGUGUCAUUAGACGUUCAAAAUGAAAAUGUUAGACAAGUUCUUGACAACUUAAAGCAGAUCCGAGAAAACAUUCAAAGCUCAUUGUCAAGAACUCGCAUUAUCAAAGUUGGUUGAUUAUGUACUCGAUUCACUCGAGUUAGUAUCAGCUUGGAUUGAUAGUUUUAACUUUCAACGCUUUUUUUGGCGACUUUUGGUUGAUUUCGAGCAUUUUAUGAGCUAAUGUAGGUUUAAUGUUCAUGAAUUAAAGAGCUUGGAAUGUUGGUUUGGAUAUGAGAUCGUCUUGUAUUUUGUACAUUAUGAAAAAGACUCAUGAAAUUCUCUUG